GACUGCAGAAUUUGCAUGGCAUCCAUCAUUCCAUAUCCCACAUCCAUCUGGCGGCAUCGUUCAUUCGAAUCAGUUUAUCUUGCGCUGUCGCCGUGUGCACGUUUCAAUCCCAUAAUAUCGGAAAUUAUUCGUAGAAUCGUUCAAUAUAUAUUUUUUUUUGGGGUUACAAAAACUUUAAAACUGGACAACAUUUUUGAGGAUUGUCAGCAGCGGCAGCAGUUUCACAAAAUGUCUCACGGCGAACGAAAAGGUCGCCUCAAUGUGGUCAAGUUCCUGGAGUUGGGCUUUGCUGUAGCUUGUUUAGUGCUACAUUUCUAUAGCUUUAAUGAUCGGGAUAUAAUGACAUCGUUUCUGGCCACAGGCACCUUUACGGGUUAUAUCAUAGUUGUGAUUGGAGUAUUUGCGGGCGUCUUAAUGCGUGCGCCCAUACACAAGCGCAUCGAUAUUUUCUUCAGUGUCCUGGGCUGCACUCUUUUUGUGGCCAGCGGUGUGUUCAUCAUCGAAGCCUGGGAGUUUUCGUUCAGAACCCGGACCCGGGACUUGGCGUUAAUCAAGGCCUCGCUAUCCAUCGUGAAUGGUGUACUCUUUGGAUUCGAUGCCGUCUUUACAUUUCGCGACAAGUGAGAGAUCAAGAGAGUCAAGGAAGAAGGAAACCGGCCUAAUCAUUUAUCAUUCAAAAAACAAAAAUCCCAUCUCCAAUAUCCCUAAAGCUAUAAUUUUCAAGUUUGGAAUAACUACUUGAGGGAGAGCUUCUUUUAAUGCAUUUAAUAGUUGUAAGUCUAAUCUUCUAUUUAUUAUUUGGAAAACCACAUACAACAGCUGUUUAACGUUAAUAUAUUUAUAUAUUUAAGCAUAUCCUUUUUUUUUUUUUUUUUUUUGUAUCAAUAAAAAUUAAUUCUCACAUCAAUCUUUCAGUAAUUUUAUGUAGAGAAAAGGGUUGAAAUAUAUUUAAAUACCUUUGUUUACCAUUCUAAGACCGCAAAGGAAAAAAGAUAAACUUGAAUUUCGUUGAAUUAAGAUAAUGUAUUUUGAUGUGUGCAGAAAAAAAUACAAAAACAUAACGAAACACAUUAUUUUUCGCUAAAACUCGAGCACAU